AUGGUUGAAAAAGCACGAGGAGAGAAAGUUACAUUGCCAUGUACAUUCACUGUCUCACAAGAAGAUCAAGGCCCACUAGAUGUUGAAUGGGUCUUAAUACCAACAGAUAAUCAAAAGAAGGAACCAACGAUUAUCAUGUACUCUGUAGACAGGAUUUAUAAUGAUUACUAUGAAGCUAUGAAUGGACGGGUACAGUUCACUAAUCCUGAUCCCAGAUCUGGUGAUGGCUCCAUAAAUAUCGUGAAUCUAAAGUCAGCAGACACAGGCACAUACCAGUGCAGAGUGAAGAAAGCUCCUGGAGUUGAAAGCCAAAAAAUACGGUUGACUGUGCUUGUAAAGCCAGCAGGGACUAAAUGCUACAUUGAAGGAUCACAGGAAACUGGAAGAGACCUUACCCUGAAAUGUGUAUCACAAGAAGGUUCCCCACUCUUGUCCUACAACUGGAGGAAAUUAACUGGCACAAAGGAACUUCCGGUGACAUCGUUAUUAAAUAAAGAUACAGGUGAACUGUCUCUGAAAAAUGUCUCUGAGGAAUACUCUGGUACAUACAGUUGUGUGGCGGCAAACAGAGUUGGUGCUGAUUGUUUCGUUGUGCUAAAUGUCAGUCCCCCUAUAAAUACAGCUGGCAUAAUUGCUGGAGCAGUUAUUGGAACUCUUCUGGGUCUCUUUUUAUUGGCCUUUCUCGUCUUCUGUUGCUGUAAGAAACGUAAAGAGAAAAAAUAUGAAGAAGAAGUGCCUCAUGAUAUUAGAGUGGAUGCUUCUCCUCCAAAGAGUCGUACUUCAACAGCCCGCAGCUAUGUAGGCAGCAAUCGUUCCUCUCUGGGUUCAAUGUCUCCCGCCAAUAUGGAAGGAUAUGCCACAACUCCAUAUAAUCAAGUACCAAGUGAAGACCUUAAACAUUCUCCUGGUCAAAACCCAAACUUUCCACAUCAAAGGUACCUGCACCUAAUCUAA